AUGGAGGGAAUCGAGCCGGUGCGGGCGUAUCCGAUCAAUCCGCCCAGGGAGCCUGCCCUCUCGUUUACACAUGGUCUGCUGCUGAUUCUCCUUGGAAUCAAAGAUCUGCCUGCAAUGGCACCCAAACGCCCAGCCAACGGCUCCGCAACAGUAUCAUCAUCCUCGUCCUCCUCCAAACCAACUACCACCUCCGUGCCACCCUCAACAACCGCUAAACCCAGCGGACCCAUCGCGUUCACGGCCAAGUCUCCACCACAGGAAAUAAUCUUGGGCGUAUGGCAGCGAUAUCUCGUGCAGACAAGCCAGCGAACAAAGCUGCUGGAUGCUUUCAUGGCAUUCCUUGUCCUUGUUGGCGCGGUGCAGUUUGCGUACUGCGUCUUGGCUGGGAACUACCCAUUUAAUGCUUUCUUGAGCGGGUUUUGUGCCGCAGUCGGCCAGUUUGUCCUCACCGCGAGUCUACGAAUGCAAACCAGCGAUCAGGACGUGAAGAGCAUAUCUAGAUCAAAAUCCAGCACGCCGGCAGUAACAAAAGCGGAAGCUUCGUCGGAUAGAGUGUCUCCUGAGAGGUGA